UGCGCUUAGUAUUUAUGAACGCGCUUAAUGGUGUAGCUCUGAAAAUAUUUUGACAAGUGACCUCCGAACAAAACUAUUCCACCGUCCGUCCCAUCAUCAGUCAAUUGUAAAUGCAAGAGUAGAGUUUACUGUGGUGUGUAAUAGAUUCUUACAAAGGCUAAUAUUAAAAUAUCGAAAAUAGUUUGCUCGGAUAUAAUUGCAUUAUUUACCGCAUCUAUUUUAUGACACAGACAGGCAAAAAAUAGCUUUUCCAUUAAAUUUAGAACUAUAUUUUUUGAUUUAAACUAACUAUUGAAAUAAAUUUACUUCCUGUGUGGCCUGUGCUUCUAACAAAUACAAUUGCAGAGAAUGUAUUAAAUGAUGUAAAUAUUUGAAAUCAUUAACUAGGAAGUAAAUCAUACGAUGGCUACUGUGAUUCAGAAAAAUGGUUUGAAACUUUUGUCUAAUGGCAACGCACUAGCACAUAAAGUACAAAAUAUAAAUCAUUUUGAAGAAGUCAAAGAAAUAAUCGAGGAUGAGAACACUGAGAUCAACGAAAUCAGUUCUGAACAAUGUGAGCUCAAAAAUGAAAAGUAUAUCACAGACGAAACCAUUGAAGAGCCUGAAAUAGACAUAGUAAUAAACAAUGUAGUUUGUAGUUUUAGUGUCCGAUGUCAUUUGAACCUUCGUGAAAUUGCUUUAUCAGGUGCAAAUGUAGAAUAUCGUAAAGAAAAUGGUAUGGUUACUAUGAAACUGCGAAGACCCAACACUACUGCCAGUAUUUGGUCCUCUGGUAAAAUAACUUGUACUGGUGCAACUAGUGAGAUUGCUGCAAAACAAGCAGCCAGACGAUUUGCACGAUGUUUACAAAAACUUGGAUUCAAUGUGAAAUUCAACAAUUAUAGAGUGGUUAAUGUACUGGGAACAUGUUCCAUGCCUUUUUCAAUAAAAAUCAGUUCGUUUUCAGAGCAUCAUAGAGAAGCUGAUUAUGAACCAGAACUUCAUCCUGGAGUCACUUACAAAUUGAAAAGUCCCAAAGCUACAUUGAAGAUAUUUUCUACAGGAAGCGUUACCGUAACUGCUCCAAGUGUGGCUGAUAUUCAAGCUGCAAUUGAAUACAUAUUCCCCCUAGUUUACGAAUUUCGUAAAGAAAGGACCAAAGAAGAGAGAGAAGCGAUAGCAAGGAAAAAACUUAAACAAAUGGGCGAAAUUCCUUGGAUCGACUAUGAUGAUCAGGCAGAUUCAGAAACUAUGACAAUGUGCGAAUCAAAUAAUGUGAAUCACUAUACGUGGGACUAAAAUAACGUAUUACCGAUUAACGUUUUUUUCUAGUUUUUACCGUCAAAAGGCUCGACCCUAGAUAUUUAAAAACGGAAAAGUAAAACCACUAAUUUUAGUUUCUCUUGAUGCCCCCUCUCAUACUAUUUAUAGUUAGAUAGUAAAUGUAAAAAAUGGUGGUUAAUACGAUAUGUUUUGGGGCAUCUCAUUUUAAAAACUUGUUUUCAUUGGAAUCUUCUUUUUUUUUUUUGUUUUCAAGUAUUCAUCUUUUAGUUCAAUUUUGUUAAUUAUAUAUCGGAGAUAAUAUAUGGAAUUUUAACCAAUCCAUCUUCAAGGUUAAAUCAAUCCAUUUUCAUAUUAAUAUUUUUAUAUACCUUUUUGAUUUCUGGUAAACAAAAAAUCAAGUACUACUUUCAGUACAUAGAUAAUAAUUGAGUCUAAGCGGCGCUCAAAUAUUUCCUAUAAAAAAAUAGUUACAACUUCCAAAAAUGCGUGUAAAAUUAUUGUUCAAUUUCAAAUCGAAUAUUUGGUUUACUUUUCUUAUUUACAACUUUUAAUUUUUCUUUGGGGUCCAGCCGGUCAGUUUUUAACGCGAUGCUUGAAACCUAGUCAGGUAUUUUAUUUUGGUAAAUAAAGACUGAAUGAAGUUUUCCUUUGUGAUGAUAAUGAUUUUGGUCAAAGGAGUAGAUUUUAAUUUCUUAUAUGUUUUAUGUAGAUAAUUGUUUAGUUUUGCCUUUGAUAGAAAUCAAAGAUUUUAUUUAUAUGUGAAAAUAGUACUAGAAAAAUCGAAUUAUUAUUUUUAAUUUGAAAAAAUAAGUCGUUCAGUUUCCUGGCGUUGGAAUAUUUUUGGAAUACUUCUUGGCCAUACCAAAGUUUUUUUAUAGUUUGGGAAUAAUAAGUUUAGAUUCAUUCCACGUCACAGUAUUUUGGAAACAGGACAUUCAUAAAUCUAUCAUUUUUGGUCACUGCAUAUACUAUAUACAGAAAUCUGAGAAAUUGAUGACAUUAUAAUUGACUUCCUUGGAAAUAGAAUAAAUUUUUCUUGAUUAUUAUGUUCCUCGGUAGGAGUCCAUCAAUUUCUAUCUAAUUUUCUUUGAUUUCAAUAAAAAGGGAUGCUAUAAUUCUGUUGAUUACAUCGAUUGUAUCGACCAAAUUUCACUCAAUGCAAUUGAUAUAAUCACGAAAAACUGAAACUGGACGACUAGAAGCGUUUUUCUGUUUAAAAGAUUUUUGUCUGUCUUAUCAUGCUCUUUAUUUUAACCCUAAAGCUAUCUUUAAAACAAAAGUGUUGUCUAGAGAGUAAAGUUUGACUUUAAUAUGUAUAAUGUACUUUAUAUAUUUACAUUCUUCAAAAUGAAAAAUCAUUCUGGCAUGUAUACAAAUUUCUGAUAUAUUUUUAUAAAUAAUGUGUGUUUCUAUAGAUUUCUCAGUCUUGUAUAAAAAUUCAUAUAUAUCCUCUCAUUAAAAGAAAAAAAAUAUUAAGACUCUCCAUCUUUAAUUAUCAAAAUUUAAGUUUUAAAAUAUGGAAGUAAGUAAUUAUCAAUUUUUUAUUUAUUUUUAGAAUAAAUAGAAUGUAUGAAAUUGAUUUUUCAUUUUCAUGUUUUAACUUCAAUUUUAGUAGUUGAUAUUGUAUUUAUAUUUUUAUUUAUACAUCAUUAAAAAUUUCGUUAGUAUGUUUAUAAACGAAAUGUCAAAAAUAAUUUCAUUAAGUCAAAAACUGCGUAUCUAUUUCAAUAUAUCAAAGAUUUAUUCAUUAUAUUAUUUUUUCUGAAUUAAAAUAGGUAAAAAUUGAAAAUUGUUGAUAAUCAAAUAAAAAUCUUAUUGAUAAAUAUUGAAGUAUUAAAAUUUUGCAAUAAUAAGCAUAAACUUUUUUGAUAAACGAAAAGAAUUCUCAAGUUUGUGAGAAAUAAAUACAUAAUUGAUGUUUGAUAACAAUAUUCCUUAUGGGAUAGAAAUUAUAAAUAAAAACAAAUUUCCUUAAAUAAAUUAUGAAUAAACACCUCGAAGAUAUUUAGACAAUUGCCUUUCAAUGACAAGCCUAUCCAUUUAAGUUAUAAAAAAUUGGUUGAACUCCGACUUGACCAUUUGGUUUUCUUCAUUUCCUAAAUAAAAUGUGGAUGAAAAACUUACAUAAGCUCAAACUACAAUCACCUAAAUCAGGUCAAGACGUCUCCUACAAACUUUCAAAGAUAUACAUAAUUAGGAAUGGAAUCAUCCAUGAUCUACCAUAUCUCUAUAGCUACAGAGCCUCAAAAAAAUUCCUAUAUAAAAAGAGAGUAAUAAGUAUCUUGUUACCUGAAAUGCUGAAUUUCGAAUGGGGGCUAUCAGGUUUGCCAUUAGAGGAGCUGUUGUAGAGUGAAGUAUCCGAAAUUUAAUGUCAAAUAUCACUAUUUUAUUGAAAGCUUCAAUAAAUAAUAAUCAAGAUUGAAACUGGGAGGGAAUGUUUCAUAUUUAAACGGUGUUUUUGCGCACGCUAUACUUCAAGACGUUAUUUGUCAAUGACAUCAAGUCAACUGGUGAGCAUAAAAAGAUAGUCCUCAUUAAACAAAUCAAUGAGCACAACAUUUCGUUGUAACCACUUCAUUAAACAGAUUGUUAAAUUUAUUUUGCAAAAAUAUGCUUAGCCGGAAAAAAUCAAAUUAUCAAUAUAGGUAUACACUAAGUUUCAAACUGUUUUUUUUUCAAAAUCAAAUUAUAAUCUCUCAAUACUAAUUUUUAUUUAUUAUGUCUUCAAGAAAUUUCUAUAUUUGGGCACCGUACAAGAUACAAAAUUAUUUUCCUAUCCAUAAUAUAAACAUUGGAUUAGAUAAGAAUUUAUGAAUCGAAUCUUUGCAAUAAACUUUGAAAUAAUUUGCAACUUAAAUAUUACCAAAAACAGCUUGUAAUAAAUGAUGAAUUUCAGUUUUUGUAUUAUUUAUUUGUAAGUUUCCAGGGAGAGUGGAAACUACAUAAUUUUAAUAAUGUCUGUUUCUAACAUGUCUUUUGAUUCUCUAAUGAAUAGUAUAAAGUCAAAAGUGACUAAUGUGGUGUUAUUCAUUUGGAGUUGAUCUGUUAUUGACAUUAAGUUUGCAGUAUUUAUCAAAACAAUUACUUUUAUUGGUCAGGCAUAUAGCUAUAAAUAAGUCUUAAUCUUCUGUUCAUUUUCAAUGCAUUUUUGUAAAAAAAUCUGAAUACAAAAGAAACACAGAUUAAUCUUAAUAAGUUUACAAAGAAAAAUAAUUUAAUAUUCAAAAAUCAAAUUUAAAUAACUUUAUGUUCGACUGACAAAUUUUUUAGACGCUAAUAAUAACAAAAAUUCAGCGUGAGAAAAUAUAUUGUAUUGCUUCAAUAAGUAUUCAUUUUCUGUGACAUUUUCUUAUCUGCUGAAAUAAAACCAGGAAAAUUUAUAUGGUUUAUUGUGUGGUCCAAGGCUACAUGAAUCAAAGUAAAAAUAUUUUUAAAACAUUUGUAUAUACCUGUCAUGAUUAAUUCAAUAUUUUAUGAAAAUCAGUUUAGAAUUCACUAUAAGAAAAAAGUACAGCAGUACUUUAUAUCAUGAAGCAGAAGAUUAUAUCAAGUUCUUCAACAAUUAUAUGGCUCAAUUGAUGACAACGGUUGAAAUAUCAUAAAUUAUUUUUUAGGCUCAUAUCUAUUUUCAUAUUCUAUAUUUCUGUACUCCAAAUAUUUAUACAGAACAUAACACAAAAUUUUACCGUCGUAAUCAAAAGUGUAAGUUUGAAUACUAAUUUUUUAUAAAAUACAUUCUAUAAAUGUCUAGGCAUCUAUGAUAAAAAAAAUCUAGUUGGAAAAGUAUUAUAAUUAUUUUACCAACUGUUUCAAAUAUCUCAAAGAUGUUGAAGAAACUUGUAACGUAUCUCACAAACUAGAAAAACGAAUUAGGCUAAUAACAAUCAUGAAUAACUGAAUGUUUUAACUUGUAUGAUAUACAAUAUAAAAAUUAUAAAUCAACCCACAGAUACUAGGUAAAUGAAAUAACUUGUAAAUACUGUGUAAAUUUUCUUUAUAUAUCUAAUUCACUAUAAGAAUUUUCAAGUUUUAUAUACAUGUUAUGUUUAAUUUCAUCUUUAUUAGGCCUAGUAAUAUUGAUUUGCAUUUUUACACGUGUUUUGUCUUAAUCCCUCAAAAUAAAAUAAUGUAGACAUUUUUAUAAAUGGAAUCAAUUUUGUAUUAUUGGAGUAAAAAAUCAAACUUUAAACCUAACAAAUUCUCUUUUCCAAAAGAUAUACUACUUUAUUAUUUAUCUAUUGAAAGUAAUUUUUUAAAAAUACAACGUAUCGUUAAAACAAAAUAAAAUCAUUUAUAAAAAAUCUGGUAUUACUUAUAUAAUAAUACUCUGGCUAUCACAUUCAAAUGCACAUUCAUUAUAUAUACUAGUUAGAAUUGCAAUUAGUUUUAUUUUACUCAGUGUCUUUCUUCACAAUCCAGUACUUAUUAUAUUUCUGCAGGUUAGUAGUAGUCAAAUACCAAAAAAUUUUUUCAUUUUUUGCAUUUACAUCUGUAAAAUGGUACUUCUUAGCUUUUUUAUUCAAAAAUCCAUGAUUAAUUUACCACUGCUUCGAAAUUAUAUAAAUUUAGUAUUCUGAUGUACAUAUUAACUCGAUUUGAUGAAUCGUCACGUUUAAAACACCUACAAAGGAGUUGAUGUUAAAUGUAUCAUUCUUGGCCAAAAUCGCAUAGUAGAAGCAAUUAUAAAUCUUUGAGCCUUAACGAUAGUAAUAACAAAAUAAUAGUUAAUGUUGCAUGAAUGUGUUCUUGUAUUCCCCAGAAGUUAUAACAAAUAAUGAUAUGCUUGAUUCGUAUAAUCAGAAGAAUCAUACUCAUCAUCUUAAUACGAAAUAUCUUAUUUAAAUACUAGAUACAGGGUUUUAUAGUUGAAAAUAAUAAAUAAUUACGUGGUGUGUGGAGCAUAUAACAUUGGCAAUAAUUAAACUACACGUUAAAUGUAUUAUAAAAAAAUGCGUGAAACCAAGUAAAUAUUUUUGGAUUUUCCUAGUUAACUCUUUCAAAUUUUGAUUAACUGACAUAAACUUUAUAGUUCCAAAAAUCGUUAGUAUUUUUUCUUUCUUUUGUUCAAAGAUAUAUUUUGACAACUACAGUAAAUGUUUUGAUAUGUAACUUGCGUAAAAUAUGUCUAUACUGGGUUCCACACAUUUGUUCAUUACCGUAUAUUUUUUUUACUAUCAAUAUCAUUCCUGUAUAACAUAUCGAUGUGGUAGUUAGAUAUUUAGGAUCUGAAAAGAGUAUUGUUAUGAUUUCUUUAAAAAAAAUCAUGUAGACGUUUUUCUAUUAAAAUUUCUUUAGAUGAUGAUGAUGAUAAAUUUCUAGUAAUUGUAAUGUAUUAAACAUGUGUGACUUCUAAAGAUAUAAUGGGCAAUAGUCAUUAAGUGAAGCAAAACUUUUUUACAAAACAAAAAGAUCAUUUUUUGAUAGAAUAUAUAAUUCUACAUAUUUGUAUGAGCAAUUGUGGCUUUUUUAUGAGUAUAGCCCAUCUUUUUGCAGAGACAAAUAUUUUUGGUUACACAAAUUAUGAAUACCUUUUAUUUCUAUUUGUCAGUAUAAGCGAUCGACAUUUUACAAUUACUGACAAUUUGAAGUUUGUACCAAAAACAGAUAAAUUUAGUUGUUAAAUUUCUUCAUUUUCGCUUUUCUGUGAACAAUUCGUUCAAUUGUAUGUUUCUUUUUACUGUAGCCUGUAAUAAAGUUUUCUCAUACUGUU